GCCUGCGCGGAGAGCCCCCUCUCAGGGACCAGGCUGGGAGGCGAGGAAAAGGAACGUGGGGCGCGGGAGGCCGACUGCAUACGCAGGCGCACUCGGCGAUCCCGGCUUUUCGGCGCACCAGUUCCAGCACAGGCCUUGGGGCGGGGCCUCGGGUGCAGGGGCGGGGCCGGGGCGGGGAUAAAUGCGGAGGGACUGUCCGGCUUUCGCUCUCAGCUCGCAGCCGCCGCAGUCGCCGCCACCUCCUCUGAUCUACUAAAGUCAUGUUACCCAACACCGGGAGGCUGGCAGGAUGUACAGUCUUUAUCACAGGUGCAAGCCGUGGCAUUGGCAAAGCUAUUGCAUUGAAAGCAGCAAAGGAUGGAGCAAAUAUUGUUAUUGCCGCAAAGACUGCCCAGCCACAUCCAAAACUUCUAGGCACAAUCUAUACUGCUGCUGAAGAAAUUGAAGCAGUUGGAGGGAAGGCCUUGCCGUGUAUCGUUGAUGUGAGAGAUGAACAGCAGAUCAGUGAUGCAGUGCAGAAAGCCGUCAAGAAAUUUGGAGGAAUUGAUAUUCUGGUAAAUAAUGCCAGUGCCAUUAGCUUGACCAACACACUGGACACACCUACUAAGAGAGUGGAUCUGAUGAUGAACGUGAACACCAGAGGCACCUACCUUACAUCUAAAGCAUGUAUUCCUUAUUUGAAAAAGAGUAAAGUUGCUCAUAUCCUCAAUAUCAGUCCACCACUAAACCUAAAUCCAGUUUGGUUCAAAGAGCACUGUGCUUAUACCAUUGCUAAGUAUGGUAUGUCUAUGUAUGUGCUUGGAAUGGCAGAAGAAUUUAAAGGUGAAAUUGCAGUCAAUGCAUUAUGGCCUAAAACAGCCAUACACACUGCUGCUACGGAGAUGCUGGGAGGACCUGGUAUCGAAAGCCAGUGUAGAAAAGUGGAUAUCAUUGCAGAUGCAGCAUAUUCCAUUUUCCAAAAGCCAAAAAGUUUUACUGGCAACUUCGUCAUUGAUGAAAAUAUCUUAAAAGCAGAAGGAAUACAAAAUUUUGACAUCUAUGCAAUUAAACCAGGUCAUCCUUUGCAACCAGAUUUCUUCUUAGAUGAAUACCCAGAAGCAGUUAGUAAGAAAAUGGAAUCAACUGGUGCUGUUCCAGAAUUCAAAGAAGAGAAACCGCAGCCGCAACCAAAACCACGUUCUGGAGCUGUGGAAAAAACAUUUAGAAUUGUUAAGGAUUCUCUCAGUGAUGAUAUUGUUAAAGCCACUCAAGCAAUCUAUCUGUUUGAACUCUCCGGUGAAGAUGGUGGCACGUGGUUUCUUGAUCUGAAAAGCAAGGGUGGGAAUGUCGGAUAUGGAGAGCCUUCUGAUCAGGCAGAUGUGGUGAUGAGUAUGUCUACUGAUGACUUUGUAAAAAUGUUUUCAGGUGGAAGGCAGAUGUCAGAAUCAUUUUCUUCCAUUACUGAGAAGCCAGUAAUGUUGGGAACAGAGAGAUAAUUCAAAGGGACUCCUGAGUGGGCUUCAACAUAUUAGCUGGCCUAAGGUAUUAUGUUUCCAAUAACACCCCAGUCACUGGAGGCACUGAACUCAGUAGCAGCAAUUCACUUAUCAAGAGUAAGGUCGUGCUUCCAUCCUGCCAGCUGUUUGAAUACGAAACACAUACCAGCCCUCGGCCAUGGCCUAGUAACCCUGCUUUCUGUGGAGUCCCAAACCCAGAGAACCUUUUGUGUGAUUUUUCUAUUCUGUCCAUUUACCUCUAACUGUGCUAGAAAAUUAAGGAUAAUUUUCUCUUUUUUACUCUUAGAAAACUACUCCAAAUGAUAAGUUAAUUAACUCAAAUUCUAAAAAACUAGAAGCAGCACUUGAAACUA